AUGCAUUCUACAACUGGCAUAGAUACUGACAGUAGAAACAGAUAUCUUGCAGCACCUCCUCCAUAUCCUGCUGCAUCUGCCGGAUUACUUGGCCAGCAGCCGGACCAUUUACAGCAACAACAACAUGGACAGCCCCAUACAUCAGAAUCAUACAGACGCAAGGUGCUCGAGUCCAUUUCCCGUUCAUUCACUACGGGGUCCUUGUCGAAAUCGUUUGCUGGGUCGCUCAAAUCCCUGUCCCGCAAUGACGGUUUCUUUGAGUUGCAACUAGAAAAGCUUGAUGGGCCAUUCUUUGGCACCAUUGUUGAUGCAGUAGUAGGCUAUGCGGCAAAGCGGCAAAAACAUGCUGCAGCUGCCGCACUGUAUAGUUGGACAACAGCUUUGCUUUUGCUAAUGACCGCGAUUGUAUUAAGAAUCAUUCUUGGCAAAUUACUCAUUUAUUUGCCAAAGAAUAACAGGCUUGCAAAUGCAUAUCUAUUAUGCAUGGCUGUAUACAACUUUCAAUUUGGUGCCUGCUCCCCGGCAAUACUAUCACCAGCACGAGAUUUAGAGCAUUUUGCUGGUCUGGAGGAUCAGUUUUGCAAAGACUUUACCUGUUGUGGCAAGCAAUUGCAUGAUCUGCACGAGCUGCUUCAGCAUUUUGAGGAAAAUCAUGUCCACAUUGAAUCAGACGAUGCUGAUGACGAUCUGCCUUUUGAAUUUGAAAGUAUUGACGAGAUGGACACUGAUAUGAGCGAUGGUGACACAUCCAUGAACUUUACUGAUAUCUACUUUCGCUCUCAUCCAUCAAUGAAGAGAUCUACAUCGACUGCUUCAAAUGCAUCUGCCUUUAAACUCAAUACUGGACAGACUCAAUCUGUGGCAUUAUCCGACAUUUAUGCCGACAGUCGACUACCCUGCGCAGCAACUGGUGGCAUUGGAUCUUCCGCAAUAGCUUUAGGCAAGUCUGGUGCUGGUCACUCGAUGUCGGCAUUUGACACAUCAAUUAUUCGCAAACGCAAUCAACACGCUGCGUCCAAGUCGCGGCGACACAAGCAUCAGAUUAGUCACGAACCAGUGACUAUUCCUUUUUGCUUUGAUGGUCCAACGCAAGUAGUGCGCGAUCAUAGCAUGGACGAUUCCAUGGCUAUUGAUGUGGAUGGCACUACACCAACAGACACUCUUGAAAUGGAUACGUGCAUACCAGAUAUCAAUGCUAUGGACUCUACAAAAUCCAUGUCUGACGCAUUUUCUGCAGCUGCAUCCAAUGCUCAACGACCAUCGGGUCAAGCAUCGCAGCAACGUCCAUUGCUUUCACGCACCUUGUCUUGCGACAAGUCAAAUAUGUCUCUGGCAACCAAUCACUCCUUGCCACAAGUACAGAUUUUGUCUCAUAGCAACAAUGAGAACCACACUAUUGCUCAUUUUGCUCUGCCUGCACAUGAAAGCAGAUCCACUGUUUCCACCGGUACCAUUAGCUCAUCUACACUGGCAGCUGCAGCUGCAGGAACUCCACUUUCAAUCGUUGCACCUUCGGUCGAAUCCAAUGAUUCGGAGGACAAUGGUGGAACUCCAAAGGAUGAGCGACCCUACAAGUGCAAAAUUGAUGGCUGCUUUAAAGCAUACAAAAAUCCUGGAGGACUAAAAUAUCAUAUGCAGCACGGUCAUUGUGAAGACACUGGGGAUCCGGAGAUGAACAACAUAAUUCACAAGCCAUACCAAUGCACUGUGUCUGAUUGUGGUAAAAGAUACAAGAAUCUCAAUGGUUUGAAAUACCACAUUGAGCAUUCUCACUACUCAUUGCUUGGUGUUUGA